AUGUACGCCACCCCGUACCUGAGACUCACUCAGACCGAAGUCAACAAACUCAAUGUCAUCAUUCGAAGAGCUUUCAAGUGCGCCCUUGGACUACCAGAGUACGUGGCCACGGAGGACCUGCUCAGCACGGGCCUCUACAACACCAUUGAAGAACUCUGGGAAGCCCAGCGUAUAUCACAAAUCAAGCGCCUCAGCGAAACACCGAACGGAAGAUGGCUCCUGGAGCGGCUGCAAUUGGCCACACCGGGUGGCAUAUUACACCAAGAACCCAAACAAGAAUUAACACCAACUGUACGAGGCAAGAUCACGGUCGAGAAGAUCCCAAGUAACAUGAACUCGGAAAGGAACGCCAACAGAAGAAGAGUUCGUGCACAGACCAUAUCCAGGAUAUGGAGCAAGAAGCCCGGAACCCUGUACGCCGACGCGGCCAUCCUACCAAGAGGCAACACCGCCACCCUGGCCGUGGCCGAUCCUCGUGGCAACGUGGUGAGGACGGCAUCGGUCUACACGACCCUCACAGAACACGCAGAAGAAGCCGCAAUUGCUCUGGCUGCCACAGGUACCAAACAAGACCACAUCACCGUCAUCACAGACUCGCAACGGGCGUGCCGCAACUUCGCCAAGGGUGAAAUAGGCGAACAGGCGGCGAGAAUCCUCUCCAAGGCGCAGUUUACGAGCAUGAAGAUCGUCUGGGCACCAGGUCACGCGGGUGUCGAGGGAAACGAGGCGGCAAACGCCGCAGCCCGAGCCUUUCAUUCGAACCGGGACUCGUCCGCACCUCAACCACACUCUCCUGACCCCAACAUGAAGUACAACGAAUACUUGAAGACAAUCAGGGAAGCCAGGAUGACUCUUCCAGCGCCACCUUCGAAGUUCACCAAGGAGGAGGAGCACCUCUAUAGAAGACUGCAGACAGGAACCAUGAAGACGCCAAUGAAGCUCCAUCAAUGGUACCCCCAACUCCAUCCUUCACCAACUUGCUCCUUUUGCGGGUGGAAAUGGGGGGACCUGUACCACUUGAUGUGGGUGUGCAAGCACAUUAAAGGUUUGGAUCCGGUUCCGAACCCGACAAGGGACAACUGGAACGCGGCCCUCCGCUGGAGCGAUCCGGGAAGCCAACACUGGUUAGUACGGAGAGCGACGGUGGUGCAAGCCGCGAUUAGAGCAUUGCUAGAGACGCUGCUGCGAGACUCGUGCCAACAGAUCGACUACUCCGACAAGGAGCGGGAGGCUCUGCUUAGGGUGAACGAGCGAAUGGCAGGCAAGAUAACUUCAAUGCACAUCACCAUUCAUGGUUUAGAAGAUGCUUCCCGACGUAGCGCCAUUGCUGCUUUCGAGGCAAACAAGGUGGCGGAGAAUGGGAAGGCGUUGGCAGAGGAGAUGGGGGCAUACCUGCUGGAGGAAGAGGAGAAACACAGGCAGGCCCCAGAGAAAAGGAGGCAGGAGUUUGAGGAGAAGCUACACUUGUCAAACGAAGCACCUCUUGUUGAGCAGGAGCGUGCGACGAAGGUGACAGAGAACGAAGCGGCGCUGACACUAUACAAGCGCCUGCUGCCCUCUAUGAAGGAGGAGGUGCUUCAGCGCAAGGCUGAGGCGCAGAAACGCGUGGACAUACUGCAGAAAGCCAUUGAGGAGUCCAAAGAUGACCUGGAGCAGUGCAAAGCAAGGCAACGUUCGGACGGCUGCACAAAGCUCAAGGCGCAGCAGGACGAUGCCGUAAAGGAUCUCACCAUUCAUCUGGAGAUGUCAAACAACCUGAAGUGCGAUUUCGAGAGAAAGCAAGGAAGCUGA